GAGAGCAAGAAAGAAUAGCGUGACACGCACAUCUUACAAGACAAGGCACUGGCUCUAGCAUUGCACGACCGAGAGAUCUUAUCGCAAUCAGACGAACGACACGAUUGCAGCAAUUUGCCUGGAACGGUCGACAUUUGCAACGGAAUGAUUUCACCACGUGAUGCCUAAAAACUAGUUCAACGGUCACAAGACGCGCAAAAACGAAUAAAACUAAAGUCAAUAGUUUUCGAUAUCGCGGAAGAAACAAAAUAAAAACAAUUGUUAUAAAAAAGCGAAGUUCUUUAUAAGUCAAGACGCGUGCAAGCGCAUCAAAAGAUGUGAACAAUUUUAGUGGGUUGUCAUUUUUCAAAAUUGUAAUGUAUCGUAAAGUGCUUUGGAUUGAACGAAAAUUACGCAAAAUCCUCUGAAGCGAAAAUUAAAUUGAAAUACUGAAAAAAAGUGUUCGUUGUGUUUGAAUAAUUUAGAAGCAAAGAAAUAGAGUUUAAAUGAGUGGCAAAGUGGAAUGUGAUACGAUUGGUGUUGACGUCGAGUCAUUGGUGCAUUUGGAUAUACUGCCGAAGCCACCAACACCGGGUACAAUCCCGAUAAAUUGUCGCCUUGGUUUGGAUAAAAAAAGCGGCCGUGUAAAAUGGUGUCCCGAUUGUCAGUUCAUAAAAUAUUUCCUGAUUCUUCCGGUGAUUUUGCUGCCGGUGAUUGUAGUGUUUGUGCUAAUGAUGCGCAUUUCGAGCACAUUUACUGGUCGCAUCGAGCUGACCCCAUCCACGGAACGUAUACAAAUUUCCACGGAUUUAGAAUCAGUUCAUCGGCUAACACGCGAUGUCAACAAACUAUGGGCCACCAUCAAUCAUAACUGUGAGAUUUUUCGUCAUUUGGCAUCGGAAAAAUCGAUCGCUGACAUGCAGGACAAAGAUUUGUUCCGUGAUAUUCGCACGUCAUUCAUUCCAUCAUCGGAUAUGUGUAUGCGGCUGUAUCACGAAAUGUCGCAUGAUGAAAUCGAAAGCGGAAUCAAUAGUGUCGACGACCCACCGCAAACAAAUCAAUCAAAAAGUGUUGAUCAAUUAAGACGUUGGAUCAAUAAAUAUGCCGAUCCAAUUGAUUUCAAUCGUUUGAACUAUGGUUCGUUAAAUUUUCGGCGUCGUCGACGACAAAUUGAUAAUAAUGAAGACAUUACGGAUGACGGACAAAAUAAAACGAAUGACAUUCGAAAUGGGUCAGAUAUGGUGGCGGCGGCAGCAGCGGUUGCGGUGGUGACAGCAGUACCGGAAUCAGAAAAAGAAGACAUUGACGAUGAACCACUGGAGAUUCCAGCCUUUUUACGCACUUUUUGGAGCCUUGGCGGCAAAACAUACGAGCAAAUUCGAAACAGUCAAGUUGAAAUCAUAAAGCAGUAUAUGGACACAAGCGUUAAGCCUUGUGAUGAUUUUUAUCAGUAUGCCUGUGGCAACUGGGAUAAAUUGAAUCCGAUCCCAAAAGAUAAAGCCGCUUAUGAUACAUUCGAAAUGUUACGAGAAAUUCUUGAUAUUGAAUUAAAUAGCUUGUUAUCGGAGAGUAAAGUCACGGCUGACACCGAUAGCAGUCCGGAUAUUGAUGUGGCAGUGAUGAACACAACCGAAAUGCCACCAACGGAAAUCGCUGAUUCGCCUAACUCAAUCGAAAUCAAUAUCGUUAAACGCAGUGAUGAAAAUGCGGAAAAAAUUAUGAUGAGCGCCGAACAAAAAGCGAAAUUUCUCUACAAAUCAUGCAUGAAUGCCGAAAUACUAGAGCAACGUAAAUUGGAACCGUUGUAUGCGUUGCUCGAAUCGCUGGGAGGUUGGCCAGUACUUGACGGUGACAAAUGGGAUGCAUCAAAAUUCAAUUGGCUGGAAUUGGCAGCGAAAUUGCGUCUUUACAAUAAUGAUGUAUUGAUCAUGCAAUGGGUCGGGCCUGAUAUCAAAAAUUCACACGAGAAUGUCAUUCAAUUUGAUCAGAACAGUUUAGGGCUGCCGACCAGAGAUUAUUUCAUCAAAUCGGUAAACAGUGUCUACCUCGAAGCGUAUCAAAUGUUUGCAAAACAAGUGAUUCAUCUGUGUGGUGCGAGUGAAAAUGAAAGUGCAAAGACGGCCGAUGAAAUUGUCAAGUUUGAAAUUGAAUUGGCACGAAUAAUGGCAUCGCCACAAGAUCGAAUGAAUGUAACUCAAUUGUAUCGACGCAUGACCGUCGCCAGUUUGUAUGAUUAUGUGCCCGAAAUCGAUUGGCAACGCUAUUUGGAAAUUGUUUUGGAGCAGAAAAUCGAACGGAACGAAGUGAUUGUGAUGUUUGCAUUGAAUUUCAUGCAAGACGUUGUUCAGUUGAUAAACAAUACGGACUCAAGAACGGUGGCCAAUUAUAUGCUGUGGAAAUUCGUUCGGCAUCGUAUCAACAGUUUAGACGAUCGAUUUCAAGAUGCGAAGCAACAGUUUUACAAUAUUUUAAUUGGACGCAAAAAAUCACCACCACGAUGGAAAAUUUGCGUCAACCAAGUGAAUUCGAACAUGGGCAUGGCGGUUGGUGCAAUGUUUGUACGCGAAUACUUUGAUGACAGCAGCAAACAAGACACUCUGGCUAUGACUCACGAGCUGCAAGACACUUUCCGUGAAAUACUCAAUGAAACGUAUUGGUUGGACGACGAAACGAAAGCAUUGGCUGAAUCAAAAGUCAACCGAAUGUCACUGAAAAUCGGAUACCCUGAUUACAUUUUGGAUGCUGACAAAUUGAAUGAAAAAUAUGCAGAUUUGGAAAUCCAUCCGGAACAAUAUUUUGAGAAUAUACUGAAUGUGUUACGUCAUUUGACACGAUCUGAACAGAACAAACUGAGGGAAUCGGUCAAUCGAACGACUUGGAAUACUGCACCAGCAGUUGUGAAUGCGUAUUACAGCCGCAAUAAAAAUCAAAUCAUUUUUCCGGCCGCAAUUCUGCAGCCACCGUUCUAUCAUCGACAUUUGCCACGGUCUUUCAAUUUCGGUGGCAUAGGGGUCGUCAUCGGUCAUGAGUUAACGCAUGGAUUCGACGACAAAGGCAGACUCUUUGAUCAGGAUGGCAAUUUGAAUCGGUGGUGGAGCGAAUCAGCGAUUGAGGUAUUUCAUCAGCGUGCUAAUUGCUUGGUAUCACAAUAUGGCAGCUACAGAAUGAACGAAAUCGGUGGUCUGCCAGUCGAUGGCAUAAUUACGCAGGGCGAAAAUAUCGCUGAUAAUGGCGGAAUUAAGCAAGCGUAUCGUGCAUACGAGAAAUGGCUUGAAACUAACUGCCACACGACUGAAUGCAUAAAACAAGAGCAUCUACAGGGAUUAAAUGUCACCCACAAACAGUUGUUUUUCAUUAACUUUGCUCAAGUGUGGUGUGGUGCGAUGCGACCAGAGGCGACCAAAAGUAAAAUGAAAACCUCCGUUCACAGUCCCGCACGAUAUCGAGUAAUAGGCACCUUAUCAAAUUCAAAGGAAUUUGCAUCUGCGUUUGAGUGUAGUGCGGACGCAGCAAUGAAUCCGCCGAAAAAGUGUAGCGUGUGGUGAACAAACCAGGAGUGCAAUAAUCACAUGCUCAAUUCAUAUUAGGCAAAACCAAAAGAGAAAGAUUUGUUAAAAUUUUGUUUUUAAAAUGAGAUUUAAUUAAACAUUGAUUAUGUGAGUUCCAAAAGAAGGAGAACAAAAACGGAUCAAUAAACGAAAAUCGAACAAGUGGUUCAAUGUGUU